AUGUGGAUUAACAAAGAUGAGUGUGAGGAGGUGGUCAGACGUGCAUGGGAGGAUAGUGAGGGUACUGAUCCGAUAGAGAAACUUAUCCAAAACACUAGAGCGUGUAGAACGGCCCUCAUUCAGUGGAAUCGUUCGGUGGGUUGCAUGCCUCAGAGAGAAAUUGCCAAAACCCAGCAACGUAUCCAUUUACUUGACUCGCGCAAUCAAACAUCAGAAGUUAAGAAGGAGUUAAGGGAGCUCCGUAAAAAACUUGAGCAUCUGUACAAUGAUAACGACGCAUACUGGAAGCAACGGAGUCGAAUUCAGUGGAUGAGAGAAGGGGACAGGAAUACUAAGUUCUUUCACGCUAAGGCGACGGCGAGGAAGAGGGCAAACACGGUAGAUAAAUUAAAGGACAAACAUGGAAAUUGGCAGACUCGGGGAGAGGACAUUGAAGGGGUUAUAGCAGAAUACUUUGAUCAUAUAUUUCGUUCGACGAGACCGGAGGAGAGUGAGAUAGAUGGGGUUUUAGACUGUGUGACUCCAAGAGUGACAGAUGAGGCUAAUCAGAUUCUCUCGUCUCCUUUCACGACUCAAGAGGUAACACAUGCUCUUUUUCAUAUGGCCCCUUUGAAAUCUCCAGGCCCAGAUGGCCUUCCUGUUCUAUUUUUUACUAAGUACUGGCACAUUUUGGGCUCUAGUGUCAUUGCAUGUGUGCUUGAUUUUCUUAAUAAACGAAUUCUUCCAUCGACCCUUAAUUUCACCUAUAUUGUGCUCAUUCCCAAACUAUCAUCCCCGGAGAAAAUUACUGAUUAUAGGCCCAUAAGUUUGUGUAAUGUGGUCUAUAAAAUAGGGUCCAAAUGUAUAGCUAAUCGUUUGAAACCAAUUUUGCCUGGUAUCAUCUCUCCAACCCAAUCUGCUUUUGUGUCGAAACGCCUUAUAACAGAUAAUGUUCUAGUCGCUUUCGAGGUUAAUCAUUUUAUUCGAACAAACACUAGCAAAAACUCGAACUUUAUGGCGGUUAAACUUGAUAUUAGCAAAGCUUACGAUCGAAUUGAAUGGAUAUUUCUAAAGAAAACCCUUACCCGACUUGGUUUCUGGCCUGAUUUUAUUGAUCUUAUAAUGCUUUGUUUAUCAACCGUCUCUUAUUCCUUUUUGUUUAAUGGUUCCCAGUUUGGAGCUGUCACACCCUCUAGGGGUCUCCGGCAGGGUGACCCUUUGUCCCCGUAUUUGUUUAUAUGUUGUGCAGAUGUUCUUAUUGCAUUAAUUCAGCGGGCAGUGGAGAGAGAUGACCUUAGUGGCGUGAAAAUUGCACCAGCAGCACCUAUUAUUUCCAAUUUGUGCUUUGCAGACGAUACUCUUCUAUUUUGCAAAGCCACGGAAUCCGAGGCUUCGAAACUUAAGGAAAUUCUGACUCAAUAUGCUUUGGUGUCGGGUCAGGAGAUAAACUUUGAAAAGACGACAAUGUGUUUCAGCCCAACGACCGAUCCGGACAUAAUCGAUCGUAUUCACGGUGUUCUUGGAUUUCAUGUUGUGGACAGUCAUGACAAAUAUCUCGGCAUGCCGGCGGCAUUGGGAAGGUCUCGUAGAGAGAUCUUUUUACACCUCCGAGAUAGAGUGUGGAGUAGAAUUAAAGGAUGGGGCGAGAAACAUCUAUCUAGGGCGGGGAAGGAGAUUCUAAUCAAAUCCGUUCUACAAGCAAUCCCAUCAUACUUAAUGAGCUGCUUUGUCCUUCCGAAUGGGCUACUACAAGAAAUCGAGUCAGCUAUCGCAAGGUUUUGGUGGGGCGAGGACUCAAGGCGAAAAAUCCAUUGGAUUUCUUGGCGCAACUUGUGUGAAUCCAAGCGGAAUGGUGGUAUGGGCUUCCGGGACCUUAGGAUGUUUAAUUUGGCUUUGCUGGCGAAACAAUUAUGGAGAGUGUUGACGUCCCCGGAUUUGCUUCUUUCACGUAUUAUCAGAGCUCGAUACUUUCCAAGUGGAGAUAUUUUUAGAGCUGUUGCAGGCAAAAGACCGUCGGCGACAUGGCAAAGUAUGCUCAAGGCUCGCCCGUUCCUAAUUAGAGGGCUUCGUCGCCGUAUUGGAGAUGGCAAGGACACUUCAAUCUGGGCCGAUCCUUGGUUGCGAGAUGAUGGUAAUUUCCAGAUUAUUACUAGACGGCCCAUUUAUUCGAGCUUCCCAGACAAAGUUGCUGAUCUGAUAGAUCCAUUGACAAAUACAUGGAAUGUCGAGCUCAUUCGGGAGCAUUUUUGGGAUAUUGAUCAAAAUAGAAUUUUGGAAGUCCCUAUUGGAAGUGUAUACGCUAAAGACCGAUGGGUAUGGCACUAUUCCAAGAAUGGCCUAUUUUCAGUUCGGUCUUGCUACCAUGUCGUUAUGCAGGGGACUCAAAACUCGAAUGGUAAUUGCCGAGGUGGGAUAGAGUCGACAAGUGGUCUUCAUCCUUGGAGAUGGCAACUUAUUUGGAAGGUUAAAGUCCCACCGAAAAUUAAGGUUUUUCUUUGGUAUGCAUGCUGGGGCAUACUUCCGACAAACGCGGAGCUACGAAGACGCAAAAUUAUUCACUCGCCGGAGUGUCCUCGAUGUGGGUCUCCCGUGGAAUCCAUUAUGCAUGCUCUAACUGAGUGUGGUGGAAUGAGGGAAGUUUGGGAAUCGGAUCCAUUUAGACUAGAGCUGGAAGAUUACUCAUCUGUUUGGAAAUGGAUCGAAAAGCUACAAAGUAAACUUCGCGAAGAGCUAUUCUUACUAGCUGUGGUGGUUAUGUGGAAGGGGUGGGAAACACGGAAUAAAGUGGUGCAUGGAGAGACAGGGCUGAAGUCAGAGCGGAUGGUGGAUUGGAGUCGGGACUACCUACACGCAUUCUGUCAGGCAUUACUUCCAUCAGCAACUAGAAUCGAAGCUACACACCAAAGUCAAUGGAAAGCGCCUCCUAUUGGGUCGAUAAAAAUUAACUGUGAUGUUGGAUUUCCAUCGGGGAAGAAUUUCUACACAGUAGCGGCUGUGGCUCGAGAUAGCGAAGGCAAUUGUUUGCGUUGGGGUAUUCGAAGUUUGGAAGGCCGUCCACGGGUAGAGGAUGGUGAAGCCUUUGUUGUUCUUCAUGCACUAAGGAUGGCCCAACUCCAAGGUUGGAGCUCAAUCAUUAUUGAAGGAGACUGCUUAGAGGUGAUCAACACGUUUAAAGACGGGAUUCUCACGCUCAACUCUUUUGGCUCAUUUGUUGAAGAAGGUUUAAUUAUUGCUCGUUUAUUUUCUCAUUGUGUAUUUCAAUUUGUUAAACGUUCCGGAAAUCUUCUCGCUCAUAGACUAGCUACUCAAGGCUCUUUUAUUUGUACUGAGGAUUUCUCGUUGCCUCUAAACUUGGCCAUGGUGGCCUAA